AUUCAGAAAUAGUUUUUCAUUCCCUAUACUAAUAGAUUGUUCACUAAUAUUUCCAUACUAAAAUAAUUCAGAAUCUGCAAAACAUGGACACUGAUAACAGAUGUUUCAGUUUGUCCUCUACGUAAGUGCAGAUUUAUCAGAUUCUGAAGAGAGAAUACUUUAAAUUCAUGUUUAACGUCGCUUGUUAACUUUAAAUAUAUUUCCGGAAAGUAGACCAUUUCUUAGUCCGUACACUCUCCCAUCGCACUCAAAUCACACGUUGUAUGCAUGGUCCUCAAUCAAGAUGUUCAGCUCACUUUCUCUACUAGUUGUUCGUAUAGUAUGCGGUAUAAACAAGAGGACAGAGAAAUAUAUUGAAGAUACAUAUCUGUCACUAAAUAUUCAUGUAUGACUUGAUCAAUACACCCCUAUCAAUCAGAUUCAUUUCAUUGGACUUCAACUGCUCAAGUGUGAUUUUAAUUGGUCGUUGAUGGCCUUGAAAAUAGUGGUCAGAAAAUCAUGUGACAUGACGGUGAGACCGAUACGAUUGGAUAAACAAUAAAAGCAUGAGAGAAGUUACGUUGUGUAAGCUGUAGGUCGUGCUAGCGUUUUGUCGGUAUAAUUUCUCCCUUCUGUUUUUGUUACCUGGGUUUAUCAGCCAUGAAAUGCCCUUCAUGCAAUAAGGAGGUCUACUUUGCUGAGCGGGUCAGUUCACUUGGAAAAGACUGGCAUCGUCCGUGUUUGAAAUGCGAAAAGUGCAAAAAAACACUGACUGCGGGUUCCCACUGUGAACAUGAUGGUAAACCCUAUUGUCAGACUCCAUGUUACCAAGCCCUGUUUGGACCCAAAGGUUACGGAUCAGUGGCCAGCAGUCACAUCUACAAAUAGAUAACAAAUUUGUUAUUUCAAGUUUUGUUUAUACAUUCUACGUGACUACUUUUGAUGUCUCUUAUCCAGACAAUUUCAAUAGAUCGCUCCUUCAAGUACUGUUAAAUUACUUGAUUUUGAUGUUUUAACUUAUGAAAUAAACUCGCUGCUUACAAUUUGUUUUACUUUUCACUCUCAGUUGUAAGUCCGUAAUUGGCAGUGAGAAGUGGUUACUUCGGCCACGUCGUUGUAUUAAAUCAUCGAACUGGUAAGGAAAUGUGUUCAUAUCAAAAACGUGGGGUAAUCAGCGGAUGAACAAAUCGUUACCGAGCUGUUGAUAAGUCCGGCCUUUGUGAUUUUAUUUCAAUCUGACUGUUUCCUUGUUACUUCUGAUCAUCAAUAUAAACUAACAGGUCAAAAACAAGUUGGAAAUAUACCCAGUCGCUUCUUACCAACAAAUCGUCAGUCAAUGGAUAUAGGAAAUACAGAUUACAAGUUUUAACUGUACGCAGAACCAUGUAUUCUAAUUUGUUAGAUCCUAGAAAACGCAAGCACGAUUACAACGCAUACAACAAAUUUUCUCAUGCCUUUAUUGUUUAUCCAAUCGUAUCGGUCUCACCGUCAUGUCUCAUGAUUUUCUGACCACUAUUUUCAAGGCCAUCAACGACCAAUUAAAAUCACACUUGAGCAGUUGAAGUCCAAUGAAAUGAAUCUGAUUGAUAGGGGUGUAUUGAUCAAGUCAUACAUGAAUAUUUAGUGACAGAUAUGUAUCUUCAAUAUAUUUCUCUGUCCUCUUGUUUAUACCGCAUACUAUACGAACAACUAGUAGAGAAAGUGAGCUGAACAUCUUGAUUGAGGACCAUGCAUACAACGUGUGAUUUGAGUGCGAUGGGAGAGUGUACGGACUAAGAAAUGGUCUACUUUCCGGAAAUAUAUUUAAAGUUAACAAGCGACGUUAAACAUGAAUUUAAAGUAUUCUCUCUUCAGAAUCUGAUAAAUCUGCACUUACGUAGAGGACAAACUGAAACAUCUGUUAUCAGUGUCCAUGUUUUGCAGAUUCUGAAUUAUUUUAGUAUGGAAAUAUUAGUGAACAAUCUAUUAGUAUAGGGAAUGAAAAACUAUUUCUGAAUUCGGAAUACCAGUCAAAAUGGUGGCAAGUCAAUAAACAAUAUGUAUGUGUAUGUAGAUCAACUUUUUCCCUUAAAUGUAAUAAGAAGAUGUUUUCUAAGUAUCAUUGAUUGGGUUAGUUAUUGAGAUAUAUCCUGUACAUAUGAGAAUGAGAAUGAAAAACGUUAGUGUAAGCUUAAAUUUAGCAAAAGUCCAAGGUAAAAGAGGUGGCCGUAUCAACUUUCGGACUCAUAUGUCUUACUUAUUUGUGUGGAUUCUUGCGGGUUUGUUUGUAAGAGGUAAAUUGUAGCAAUGUAAGUUGCCCAUGAUAUGUGAUUUAGGAGAAAAGAGUUGGUGAACUUGAACAGAUUAUUAUUAUCUCUUAAAUUCACUGCUAUUUUUGGCAAUGAACUAUGUUACGUGUAUAUGGUACUGCAAUCCAGUCUCACUAUACAAACAAACUGAAGAAUGUAUACAGUUCUUUCCGUCUUCAAAUCUGUAUCCUCUCUAUGAGGCGCAUAUGUAUUUGGUUCCCCGUUGUGCCAAUCGUCUGUAUUGAAAUAAUAGUAAUAAUAUACCUUAAUACAACGAUGUGGCCGAAGUAACCACUUCUCACUGCCAAUUACGGACUUACAACUGAGAGUGAAAAGUAAAACAAAUUGUAAGCAGCGAGUUUAUUUCAUAAGUUAAAACAUCAAAAUCAAGUAAUUUAACAGUACUUGAAGGAGCGAUCUAUUGAAAUUGUCUGGAUAAGAGACAUCAAAAGUAGUCACGUAGAAUAUGUGACUGCUGGCCACUGAUCCGUAACCUGAAAACAAAAUGUGCCAGUAUAGUAGAUGAAUAUUAAUUUUUGACAGUGACUUUCUCCUACACAAUUUUUUUUCUAAAAUAGACAAAAUCAGGACCGAUAUUUCACUCCACUUAAAAACAUACGUUUGCAAGUUGAAGGCAAUAUACACAGCCCUCCUAUCUACUAUCUUGCAAUACUGGGGACCUGCCUGUAGUUAAUCUUGUUAUUGUCGUCUUAAAGUGCCUAAUUUACUUCACAUAUACUCAGGACGACAGUCGUUUUCAUGAGCACAUACAAUACUAACUUCUCUAUAACACACAAUUUAAUCAAACUACACAUUAUUUGAAUAGAGAGAUAUAGAAGCUAUGGCGAACAAAGGGAGCUAAUCUUGAGGACAUUAUUAAACUUAAUUCUAAGUCUGUAAAAUACUAACAUUUCGUUUAUUUCCUGGAUUAUUUCAUAAAGCGUAAGCUUCCGUUUGAUGCAUGAUACACUGCCAUACCUUUUUCUAUUCCAAAGCUAUUGUAAUUUAUACGUAACAAUUUGCACUCUACUUUUUUACCCUAAUGCUUAGUUUGAAUAUAAUUGUAUUUUUCUGAUUGUUUGUACGUUGUGACCGUGUUAGUCAUAUAUUUAUUCAUAUAUCUCGAUUCGGACUCACGCAAUUCUAGCCUCAAGGUUGAACCAGUUAGCCUACCGUGUCAAAGCCUUAACCUAGAUCGAGGAAAUUCUUCUCCUGUAUGUUCUGGGCAGACAGAUGAAGGACGUAACAACACAAUGUUCACUAGCUUAUACCUCAUACUGCAAGUGGAAGUUCGUACUAAACGCAUUUGCGACCACAUUGAAUGCUACACAUUCUAGCACCUGUCAAGCUUUCAAAUCAACUUAUUAACAAACAGAACCGAUUACUUGAUGAUCACUCACCUUUGGGUCCAAACAGGGCUU